GGAAAAUCUUGUCCGAUAGAAAUUAGAGAGGAAGGACCAGACUCGAGAGUUGCCGAAAAAAGGUCUACUUCCAAAUUUCAUUAUUUAUCAUGAAUGAAAGAGCAAGUGAGGAAUCAGCAGAUGAACUGUCACCUCCUCUCAUACCCUCCCCGGAGGACAAAAGGCGAAUGGUCUUCUGCGCCUAUCAGAGCGAUACCGCCAUGUUCCCCUCCCCCCGGACGAUUCGGAAACAUUUUUCCAGAAGUGGCCAAUACAUCAGAUGAGAGCAGUCGGAAAGUAGAAGAAGCCAACAAAAAGGUUGAUCGCCAAAACUCUAUUCCUGAAAAUGCUAACGGUGAAGGAUCUGGCGAUGGUGGUAACGACAAGACCCAGAGCUCGUCAGUCAUUUGGUGUUGGUUUUGCUUUCGCCAUGGGGAGAAAUGAGAAAAGGAACAGCAUUGCGUGCGUUGUUUGUUUUGAGCUUCAAGGUUGUUUUUCUCAUUUGGUAUUGCGAUAAUGGACUACAUUCAAACUGAAAUAAAUUUUGUGGGAUUUUGGUCAAAUUUAUCAUUUCUGGAUCUCCAUUUUGUACGAAAUCUUUAACUUUUUUUGAAAAUGUUAAA